UCUCAUCGGUUACUCAGGAGUCUUUUAGUGGGGAAGACGCGUGUCGGAGUCUCCCUGCGCGUCCAAGAGAAAAACAGUCGAGAAGCAGCAGCAGCAUUACCUCACUCGGAGGAGACCAAUAUUUUUCUUAGCGCUAAAAGUCAAAGUUGUUAGUGUGAUACAAAUUUUUUGAGUUCGUUAAGGACAGUCGCAUGGCCAGUUGAAUCUAACGUACAGACACAGUGACGUUGUUAUAGUUGUUGCACACCCCAAAGCGGAAGAAACCCAAAUAGUGACUUGGGUUUCUUCAUUUUGUGUUCCUUUUUCUGGUUCCAAAGAAGAAGAAGAAAAAAAAGUCUGACCCGUUGACAUUGAGCAGUUCGCCACCGACAGAAAGUCCAUCCUCAUCCCCAGCGAUGGCGGGCCGGCGAGCGGCGAGCCAACAUCCCAUGGUCCGACCCAUGGUCCGAUGGAAGCGCUACCAAUGGGUUAUCGCUAUCAUCGUCUUGGGUGCCAUCAUUGUCAGCAAUAAUGCCCAGCAAUUCAAUUCCAGUUCUUAUGGCGGGCUCUACGGACGGACUGACGACGACAAGACUUACAUGGCGCCUAAAGCUGGAGACUGCGGUGGAUGCAGCUCACCUUGCACUCCGAAAUGCGUGGCUGAAAAAGGAUCGCGGGGACCGCCAGGAGUACCCGGUAAUCCUGGCCCUACUGGAUUACCCGGAUUCCAAGGUAUGGAGGGUUUGGAAGGACCCAAAGGUGAUAAAGGUGAACCUGGACCACAAGGACCUCGAGGGCCGAAAGGCGACCGUGGUAAAAUGGGUAUGCCGGGUUUCCCUGGUAUCAACGGGAUUCCUGGUAUCCAAGGUCCACCAGGGCCACCCGGCAUGAACGGCAUGGACGGUUGCAACGGAACUGAUGGAGCUCCUGGAGGAAUGGGAAUGGUUGGCGAUCCUGGACCUCGUGGCUUGCCCGGUCUGCCUGGUGGAAAGGGAGAGAAAGGUGAGCCGGCUCAAGCUCCAUUUCCCGGUAGCAAAGGACAAAAAGGUGAACCUGGACUGGAUGGUGUUCGCGGACCCGCUGGAUUCCCUGGCCCGGCUGGUUUGACGGGUGGCAAAGGCAACAAAGGCGAACGUGGUUUACCGGGAUUGGCGGGUAAAGAAGGAUUGCAAGGAGACAAAGGUCUGCCAGGAAUCUGUCGUGAGAGUGGCAGAGGCGACAAGGGUGAAGCUGGACCCAAAGGCGAUUCUUGUUUAGGGGGUAAUGAAUUUGAAGGAAAGGGCAACGUAACAUACAUAGGACCGAAAGGAGAGAAGGGUAUGCUCGGCAUGAAGGGUGAUAAGGGUGACUUUGGGCCCGAAGGUCAACCCGGCUUUAUCGGUGAUGCUGGCUCAAAAGGAGAUCUAGGAAUGAAGGGUGAAAAAGGAUUACCUGGACCGGCUGGCCCUCGAGGUAAAGACGGAUUCCCCGGACCUCCAGGACCAACCGGACAGAAAGGUGACAGGGGUAACGACGGUUUGGAUGGACUUCCCGGUCGACCCGGCCCUAAAGGUGACGGCGGAUUAUCUGGAAUUCCUGGUCUGCCCGGUUUGAGAGGACCACCUGGAGCCCCAGGAGGAGGCAAAGGUGUUCCUGGACCCCCAGGCCCUGCCGGACCGCGUGGAUUCCCAGGCCCUCCUGGUGGUAACGGUAUUGACGGUCUUCCCGGCGAUCCUGGUCCCAGAGGAAGUCAAGGUCCUCCUGGUGGUGCUGGCAGUCCUGGAUUACCUGGAGCUGAAGGACCCGCUGGUGACAAGGGUGACAAAGGAGACGGUGGACUAGCGGGCUAUCCGGGUGAGCCUGGACUUCAGGGUCCACCCGGAUCUCCCGGUCUUCCUGGCCUGAUGGGUCCUCCUGGUGAAAAAGGAAUUUCGAUCGUGGGCCCGAAAGGACUGGACGGACUUCCAGGACGUGACGGUUUGCCUGGUUUGAAGGGUGAACGCGGUUAUCAGGGAAUUCGCGGACCUCCUGGAGAUGCUAUUGACGGUAUUCCUGGUACACCAGGAUACCCCGGAAUCAAAGGAGACAAGGGUCGUGACGGCAUUCCUGGAACUCCUGGCCUACCAGGGUUCAAUGGGGAGAAGGGUGACGCUGGAGUCUGCUUUGCCUGUAGCCCAGGCAUUAAAGGUGACAGAGGAGACCGGGGAUUGAACGGUGUCAAUGGUCCACCUGGUCAACGUGGUGCCCCUGGCGAACGUGGGUAUCCCGGACAGCCGGGUGACGAUGGUCUUCUCGGUCCACCUGGUUUACCUGGUCUCGAGGGUCGGUCUGGUGAGCCUGGACAGCCAGGACCCAAAGGUCAAAAGGGAGAAGUCACUAUUAUUCCGGAUAUUCUGGCACGAGGACCACCAGGUGACAAAGGAGAUCGAGGUGAAUACGGCCGACCCGGUCCACUGGGUCCUCCUGGUUUACGUGGACCUCCUGGACAACCUGGUCUCUCUGGUUUCCCUGGAAUGAAAGGCGACAAGGGCCAAAUUGGUUUCCCUGGAUUAGACGGUACUCCAGGCACACCAGGUCUUUCUGGUAUACCCGGCGAAAAGGGCGCAUCCAUUAAGGGUGAGCCUGGACGUGAUGGACAAAACGGUGCCAAAGGUGAUUCUGGUUUUGAAGGCCAGAAAGGCGCAAAAGGAGAACAAGCCCAAUGUCUCGACGAUCUUGUACUUCUCAAAGGAUUGCAAGGACAAAAAGGAGAAAAGGGCGAUAUGGGCUUGAAAGGUGAAGGGGGUAUGAAGGGUGAACCAGGACUGGAGGGUCUCAGGGGAUCGAUGGGAGAAAAAGGUGACAUCGGUCCUACAGGACUUCCAGGUCCGCGCGGACCACCAGGUCAACGUGGUGACAAAGGCGCUUUAGGCCCCAUGGGAUUCCCCGGUGAAGAUGGACCUCCCGGCAAUCCCGGAAAUUCAGGCUUACCUGGCAUGAAAGGCGGAAAGGGUGAAUCUGGAAUCCCUGGAAUAGGAAGACCCGGACAGCCAGGCUUGAUCGGCGAACAAGGAGAGAAAGGAUUACCUGGACUACCAGGCAAGCCCGGAGCUCAAGGACCUUCUGGCCCUGGCGGUUUCCCCGGAGAAAAGGGUGACCGUGGAGUGGCAGGAUUGGAUGGCCUUCCUGGACCCAGAGGAGACAAGGGAGAUUCAGGACCACCUGGACCGGCUGGGCCACCUGGAUUUGCUGGACCACCUGGUCGGGAUGGCGGCAAAGGCGAACCAGGCCUUCAAGGAGAAGCCGGACGACCAGGUUUACCGGGAUUCCCAGGAUUCAAAGGAGAUCUUGGAAUUGAAGGUGGCGUUGGUGCACAAGGCUUACCUGGACUUCCUGGACAACCAGGUUUGAACGGCCUGCCGGGAACUCCUGGUGCCAAAGGUGAUCGAGGACCAUCCGGUCUUUCGGGUCUACCGGGUGACGCUGGUCUUCCUGGUCUUGACGGACGCAAGGGCGACAUGGGUAUGAAAGGUGACCGUGGUAAUCCCGGUCUAGAUGGACUUCCCGGUAACCCCGGAAUUGGAGGCGAAAAGGGAGACGUUGGACCUGCAGGUCUUUCUGGAUUCAAAGGUGAACCAGGAUUCACCGCUGACAAAGGACAGAAAGGCGAACCUGGAAUACCUGGCAUUCGAGGCGGUCCCGGCAAUAAUGGUUUGGACGGACGACCCGGCGAGAGAGGUGACAAGGGUGAUCGCGUUGUGGGACUUCCAGGCCUUCCCGGCAUCAAGGGAGACGCCGGCUCACCUGGAUUGCCUGGUUUGGACGGCUUGCGUGGACCCAAGGGCAAUGACGGUUUUGGUGGGUUCGCCGGCAGCAAGGGGGACAAAGGAGAUCGUGGUAUUUCUGGUGCUCCUGGAUCUCCUGGUCUUGAUGGUUUACCUGGAGCGCAAGGAGACUCUUGCAUUCCUGGUGGACCCGGCCCGCAAGGCAUGAAGGGCGACAAAGGAAUUUCCGGUCUGCCCGGUAUCGACGGCCUCAAGGGUGAACAAGGUUUGACGGGUCCUGAAGGCCAGCCUGGCUACAAUGGACUUCCUGGUGCCAAAGGGGACCGUGGCUUCCCUGGCGAAGCCGGCCUACCUGGACCUCGUGGUGCUAAAGGUGAUCUCGGUGUCCCAGGCUUCCCUGGCAUUCAAGGUCCAAAAGGUAAUCCAGGUCUCGACGGGCUUUCCGGGAGAACUGGGGAAAAGGGAGAUCGUGGUCUUCCUGGACCUACUGGUGCUUCUGGUUUGGAUGGUUUGAAGGGCAUGCAAGGCGAACCCGGAAUUUCUGGACUUCAGGGUCCUCCCGGUCAGACAGUUAAGGGUGAAAAGGGACUGCCAGGUUUGAACGGCAAACAAGGCCGUGAUGGUAUUCCUGGCAUUGCAGGCGAGAAGGGAGAAAUUGGUUUCCCUGGUCUGCCUGGCAAUCGCGGUCCGCCUGGUGCCAACGCUCCUCCCGGUCAGCAAGGUGACGUAGGUGAGCCGGGUCCGACCGGAUCACCUGGUUUGUCUGGACGAGAUGGACCUCCUGGUCGUCCAGGAAUCGACGGCCUUCCCGGUGUGUCUGGACCGAAAGGAGAUGUUGGACCACAAGGCCAGCCAGGUUACCCUGGUGAAAAAGGUGAUCGUGGUAACAACGGUCUACCCGGACUGCCUGGACAAUCUGGAAUGAAGGGUGAUCGUGGAUUCGAUGGCUUACCUGGUUUGCCCGGUCCAGCCGGUUUCUCAGGCGAGAAAGGUUUCCCUGGACCGGCCGGUCCAACCGGACCACAAGGUCUUGUCGGUAUUAAAGGUGAUCGAGGUAAUCCUGGUCUUACACCUCCACCAGGACAAAAAGGAGACUCCGGUCUACCAGGACAACCUGGACGCCCUGGAAUGCCUGGUACUCCAGGCUUGGAUGGCCAACCUGGAAUUCAAGGCAUCAAAGGAGAUAAGGGAGGUAAUGGCCGCGACGGGCAACCUGGCAUUGCCGGACCAAUCGGCCCUAAAGGAGAUCGCGGAUUGGAAGGGCGCCAGGGUCUACCUGGCUACCCUGGAACUAUCGGUGAAAAAGGAGAUGCUGGACGCUCGUGCGAGCAGCCAUCUGUUUUCCAGUCAGGUUUCUUGGUGGUGAAACACAGCCAGUCGACGACAGUUCCCUUCUGCGAGUCGGGUCAGGUUGAACUAUGGAAGGGCUACAGUUUGCUCUAUACUGAAGGCAACGAAAAAGCUCACAAUCAAGAUCUUGGAUUCGCCGGCUCAUGCGUCCAACGAUUCAGUACGAUGCCGUUCCUCUUCUGCGAUGCCAACAACGUAUGCAAUUACGCCAGCCGUAACGAUAAAUCCUUCUGGCUCUCCACAAAUGCCCCCAUCCCCAUGAUGCCCGUUUCGGACGCCGCCAUUCGGCCUUACAUCUCUCGGUGUGUUGUCUGCGAAGCUCCAACAAAUGUCAUCGCUGUCCACAGCCAGUCGAUAAAUAUUCCAGAGUGUCCGCAAGGCUGGGGCGGUCUAUGGAUCGGAUACAGUUUCGUCAUGCACACGGCAGCCGGAGCGGAAGGUGGCGGUCAAUCGCUCUCCAGUCCGGGCUCAUGCCUGGAAGACUUCCGCGCCACACCGUUCAUCGAGUGUAACGGUGCCCGUGGAACUUGCCACUAUUUUGCAAACAAGUUGAGCUUCUGGCUGGCCACUGUCGAGGAGCAGACGCAGUUUGACCGACCUCAGAGCGAAACUCUAAAGGCCGGAAAUCUGCGCUCGCGUGUCAGCCGCUGUCAAGUCUGUGCCAAGAAUUCUUAAAUUUCCCAACAUAAAAAUUUAAAAAAAAAAAACGAAGGCGAGAAAUUGGUGGGAGUGAAGGAGGGAGACAUCGAUUCAUCUUCAUACCGUACUUUAACGUGGAUCUUUCGGUGUUGUUAUACAAUGCCAGACGUUACCUGUAUGCCUUUCUGAUUGCCUCUUCUUAUUUGGGUUACAGUAGUUUCACACCUCAAUAUUGCGCUCACUUAUUGUCCGCAUUUUUUCUUUUCAUUUUUCAGUAACAACGAAAUUCAUUCAACAAUGUGUCGCCACAUAAUUACUGACUAUCACAAUUGAAAGACCGUGUUUUUUUUUACAUCUUUCUUUCCAGUCAUUCCUUAUUUUUUUAUUAUUUUAUUUUUACUAAAGGCCUUUGUCAAUAGUACUCAUAUGGGUUCUUUUUUAUAAUUCUGUGUUUCUUUCUCUGUGCGGUCGACAAACUUUCAGCGAAAUGAGUUGGUGUUUUGAUUAUUUCGCUUGAUUUCACGGAUGUAACGUUGAGUUCUUCACCAGUCUUUCCCAUUCUCCAUUCUCCCCGCUGCAGCGCCUGCCAAAGCUAAGUCACCCUUUCACAUCUAUAGAACUGGUCGCAAGAAUCACAAUGUCUCGCUAACAACAUCAGAAAGAAAGAAAAAAAAAGGAAACUGACAACAGAUAACAACAAGAAAACAAUCAAACCAAGGGCCAUUUUUUUAAUUAUUAUUUGGAAACUGACUUUGAAGAGAAGAAGGCAGAUUAACAUUAUCCGCAGUGAUUUAUAUACUACUUUGUUUCUCGUCUCCACUUUCGUUCAAACUGGUUCGUUAUAAAUCUAGGCGAUCUGAAAACGAAGAGUACGCAGUGAGUAGGUGAAGUGAAAUCGCGCGCAAAGAAACAGAUAGCGAAGCACCAAAAGGGAUUCUUUGAUUGUUUUCUUGCUUGUUGUUUCCCAAAAUCCAACGAUUUCCCAGUACGUUUUUGAAAUUCUUCUAUUAAAGCUUAUAGUAGUUGUGCCUAUUUUUCUAGACAAGUGCAAUUCAGUCACAAGCUAAUUUUUUUUUUUCUGAUUCUCUUCAAUCAGGGUUUCUAAACAAACAUUAAAAGAAAACAAAACAUUUAUUUGCAUUUUUUGUUCCCGUAUCACAUUUACUUUCUUUCUUAAAAAAUUUAAAAUGAUAUGGAAUUUUGUAUUUUCAAUUCAUUUUAUAUUUUCCUCUCGAAGCGCUUUCUACUGACGCAACAAUGCUGUGUUCAUUUAAUUUCGUGUUCAGCAGGUGUAUAAUAUUUUUUUCGAUGAAAUGGAAAAAUUCAAUUUUUUUUAACAUGACCCAAUCAUUUCAAGUUCCCCGCCCCGACGUCGCCCAUCCGCACAAUCCGCACAGUGCGAUGAGAACGAUGACCCCGUGUCCCUAGAUUGACGACGAGCCACCACUUAUGCCUUGUUGUGUCAACAUUAAUUAGAUUUGUUUUGAAAAAAAAAAAACCUUCCUGGUUUGAAAAUUUAUGAAUUCUUCACUGCCAGUUUUUAAAAGCUUCUGUUGAAAUCCUUCCCUACUCAGUACUCUACAGCAAAUAAAUACAUAUACAAUUCAGAAAAAA